AUGGAAAGUAGCUCCAGCAACGAAGAUGUCAGAUUUAUUAAGCAAUUACAAGAUAAUAAUAUAGACUCAAUCGACUAUUCGGAAAUCACAAAUCCUAAAUUAGUGAAAUUAAGAAGCUAUGGAAUUACGCUGAAAGGUUUCUGGCGUGAAAAACCAAUCAUUAUGAAACAUAUUUCUAAAGAAAUGACCAAUAAAGAUAGUGAAACUAUACAGCAACUUAAACAAAUAUUUAAGAAAAAAGAUGCAUUUUCUCGGACUAACAUCCCAGCAUAUUAUAAUAAUAUAAAUUCACUAAUAAACACUUGUUUUAUUCAAGAUUUGGAAACAAAAAGUUUCUUCGGAGUGUUAGAAUACGUAAGCAAUGGUAAUCUUCAUGAUUACCUGUCUAAAAAUAAAAAUUUGGAAUGGAUUAGGAAAAUUCAAAUCUCGAAAGAUAUAGCUUGUGGUUUGGAAUAUUUGCAUGAUAAAGUUGACAUAAUUCAUCGAGAUUUGAACAUAAAAACGAUCUUAAUAACUGAUGAAAAAGCUCAAAUCUCGAAUCCUGUAUUUUUGGAAUUAAACUUUGACUCUUCGUCCAUAUCAUUACAAGAAGAGAUGAUAGGAUUUACAGAUCCUGAGCUUUUAAAAGAUCUAA